AUGCCUCCAUUGCCCGGGGCGACGAAAGGCAAACACAAAAGUCGUGAUGCACGGAGGUCGAGGAGUCGGAACACCACGCCAUCUUCUGUCAUCAGCGGCACCGCACCAUCCAACCCCACUCAAACGCCCCUCCUCGAACUCGAAACCUCUAAAUUGCUCGUGGCGCAUCAUCCACAAUACACCGAGAUACUAGAACAGCUCGAGACGAAACCCUCUAACCUCGAGCCGAAGCGCCUGCAAGAUAUUAUUGAGCAGUUGAAAGUACUGAGCGAAUCUGCCGAAAAGCGCGUGGAAUCCUGUGAGCGCGCAGUCCGCCUUAUACACGAGCAGAUGCGCGAUGUCGAGUUCGAGCAGAAGGAACGCGACCGCCUGGCGGAACAGAACCGGAGAAGUAAGACCAAGAAAGAGGAAUCCUCGAAGAACGUAAAGGCAAAGAAGCGCAAGGACCGGCCAUCAAGCUCGGAUGGCGUCGAGAUCAAGAAAGAGGAGGAGCCGGCGAAAAUCAAGGGCCCCCGUGCCACUGGCACGCCUGGGCCGACUGACAGUCCCUCACCCUCAAAGAAGACGAAAUUAAGCCCCGGCACCUCGUCUCUCUCAGAAGUUGCCGACUCGCCGGCCGGAAGCAAGAGUCCCGUCUCCAAGAAAUCUCCUGCGCCAUCCGAUGUUUCCAUGUCAGAAGGCGAGGACAAUAGAGUCAUUCACAAGACCCCCGCUGUCCCGCAACAAGGUUACUUCCCGGAUCCGCUGGCGGAGGAUCCUACCGUCUACCACAUUGAAGAGGUCACACCGACCAUGCCAGAUGCUGACAAGAAGCGGAUAUACAGUGUCACAGCGUACCCGACCAAGGAUUUGAGCGAUCAGAUUGCAGGGCAACCCCCCGACAAGGAUUUCAGCAAUGCUAAACCAACCAAUCAAGUCGCAGCGACAACUUUUCUAACUUACGCCGAACCUUUUCUUCGGCCUCUUACUGAAGAAGAUAUCGCAUUUUUGCGCGAACGAGGUGAUCGGACCACACCGUUCUUGGCCGUGCCUCGAGGAAAGAGGUCCUAUCAGGACAUCUGGGCAGAGGAGGAUGGAAUGAUAGUGGAUUCGUCCGAGAGACCUAGUCUGAACCAAGGUCGUGGCAGCCUUGAGCAACUCAAUGAUGAGACGGCAGCAACUGACCAGAUAUCGACUGGUCCACUGGCAUCACGACUGCUGUCACUGCUUAAAUUCGAGCAUCGCUCGGACCCAAAUGAACACGGCCUGAGCAAUGGCUUGGACUUCAUGGGCGAUGGCAACGACACGAUGGAUCUAGACGGUCUUGCCAACGGCAAUGAUGGGUCUGAGAAACCACUCCCCCCCGCGGCGGCAGUAGCAGAGCAAGCAGGCUCCAAAUCUUCGCAGCGACUGGACUACACGCAGAGCGAGGAGCGGAUCAAGGCAGAGCUUCGCCACCUCGGCCUUCUGGGACAAGAGGAGAACAUCGAUUACGAUGCACAUCACGACGACGACAUCAGCGAGAGACUGCGGCUCCUCCAGAACGAUCUACGACGGGUCAUGGUUGUCAAUGGAGCACGAAAAGCCCGUCUGCUUGACAUGGCAAAAGAACGUUUAGCUUAUCAAGAGUACAGCACCAUUCAUGAGGACCUUGACAACCAAGUGCAACAGGCAUACCUGAAGCGCACAAGAACGCUGGGUAAAGCGAAGAAGGGCGGGCCCGGCGCGAAGCCUCGGCCCGGACAUGUCGCGUCGGCGGCGGCUGGUCUCGCUGUCAACAGAGCCAGAGAUAUCGGUGACAGUGCGAGGAUGCUCAUGGAUCGCCGCAAGCGCUGGGAGAAUUGCAUCGGUCCGGUGUUCAAAGACAUGAAGCGGGGUGUACCCGAUAAAGACACCACGGUGUUUGACAGCGAAGCUAUGAAGCCGUACGAGCGAGGCGAACUGGAAAGCCUCGAAGAGGACGGUGAUUAG